CGCGUGCGCGCACAGCCGGCUCGUCCUGUUCUGUCCCAAUCAUUGUAAACAGGCGGAGGCUGGGCGGGGUGGGAAUGGGGCGCCCGGGGCCGACCGGGGGCACGGCGCAGGACGCGGUGACCGUCGCUGCGGCGGCAGCCUGAGCGCGAGGAGGCGGCGGCGGCAGCGGCGAGGCGGGCGGUCGCGCGGCCGCGGGCAGGUGUAAUGGAUAGGUAACAGAGAAGAACCGCUUCCCUUUCUUGUCAGGGUGUCAGCAUGACUGAGUGCUUCCUGCCCCCCACCAGCAGCCCCAGUGAGCACCGUAGAGCUGAGCAUGGCAGUGGGCUGACUCGGACCCCCAGCUCUGAAGAGAUCAGCCCUACAAAGUUCCCUGGAUUGUACCGCACGGGUGAGCCCUCGCCUCCCCAUGACAUCCUCCACGAGCCUCCUGACGUAGUGUCCGAUGAUGAGAAAGACCAUGGAAAGAAAAAAGGAAAAUUUAAGAAAAAGGAAAAAAGGACGGAAGGCUAUGCUGCCUUCCAAGAAGAUAGCUCAGGAGAUGAAGCCGAAAGUCCUUCCAAGAUGAAGCGGUCCAAGGGAAUCCAUGUAUUUAAGAAGCCUAGCUUCUCUAAAAAGAGGGAGAAAGAUUUUAAAAUAAAAGAGAAACCCAAAGAAGAAAAGCAUAAAGAAAAGAAGUCAAAAGACUUGACAGCAGCUGAUGUUGUUAAACAGUGGAAGGAGAAAAAGAAAAAGAAGAAGCCAAUUCAGGAGCCGGAGGUGCCUCAGAUUGAUGUUCCAAGUCUCAAACCCAUUUUUGGAGUUCCUCUGGUUGAUGCAGUAGAGCGGACCAUGAUGUAUGAUGGUGUUCGACUGCCAGCUGUCUUCCGCGAAUGUGUGGAUUACAUGGAGAAGUAUGGCAUGAAGUGUGAAGGCAUCUACAGAGUUUCAGGAAUUAAAUCAAAGGUGGAUGAGCUAAAAGCAGCCUAUGACCAAGAAGAGUCUCCAAACUUAGAAGAAUAUGAGCCUAACACCAUCGCCAGUUUGCUGAAGCAAUAUUUGCGAGACCUUCCAGAGAAUUUGCUUACCAAAGAGCUUAUGCCACGAUUUGAAGAGGCUUGUGGGAGGACCACAGAGAUGGAGAAAGUUCAAGAAUUCCAGCGUUUGCUCAAGGAGCUCCCGGAAUGUAACUACCUUCUGAUUUCCUGGCUCAUUGUGCACAUGGACCAUGUCAUCACAAAGGAACUGGAAACAAAAAUGAAUAUACAGAACAUCUCUAUAGUACUCAGUCCAACUGUACAGAUCAGCAAUCGUGUUCUCUAUGUGCUUUUCACACAUGCACAAGAGCUCUUUGGAAAUGUGGUACUAAAGCCAGUGACUAGACCUCUGCGCUGGUCCAACAUGGCCACAAUGCCCACAUUACCAGAGACUCAAGCUGGCAUCAAGGAGGAGAUCAGAAGACAGGAGUUUCUUUUGAAUUGUUUACAUCGAGACUUGCAGGGUGGGAUAAAGGAUUUAUCUAAAGAAGAAAGAUUAUGGGAAGUACAAAGAAUUUUGACAGCCCUCAAAAGAAAAUUGAGAGAAGCCAAAAGACAAGAGUGCGAAACCAAGAUUGCACAGGAGAUAGCCAGUCUUUCAAAAGAGGAUGUUUCCAAAGAAGAAAUGAAUGAAAAUGAAGAAGUGAUAAAUAUUCUCCUUGCUCAGGAGAAUGAGAUCCUGACUGAACAGGAGGAGCUCUUGGCCAUGGAGCAGUUUCUGCGUCGGCAGAUUGCCUCAGAGAAAGAAGAGAUUGAGCGUCUCAGAGCCGAGAUUGCCGAGAUCCAGAGUCGCCAGCAGCACGGCCGAAGCGAAACCGAGGAGUACUCCUCCGAGAGCGAAAGUGAGAGCGAGGACGAGGAGGAGCUGCAGAUCAUUCUGGAAGACUUGCAGAGACAGAAUGAAGAGCUGGAAAUAAAGAACAAUCACCUGAACCAGGCUGUUCACCUGGAGCGGGAGGCCAUCAUUGAGCUUCGAGUGCAGCUGCGGCUGCUCCAGAGGCAGCGCGCCAAGCCCGAGCCAGCCCCCGAGGAGGAGGAGCCGCCCCCCGAGGGGGCCCCCGAGAUGAAAGCAGCUAAGGAGCAGCCAAAGCCCUCGCCCAGCAAAGACCGGAAGGAGACGCCCAUCUGAGCAGCCCGUGGGCACCGAGCCCGCACCCUGCAAGGCCCCGUGCAUUUUACUGUAACCCCGAGUCCACGUGGCUCUGCUGCUGUACAUUCUGUAAAGGUUCGAGACUGACUCUCCACACGAGUUCUCGUCAGGCUCAGGUUCCGGAGGUUCUGUGGCUUCUUUUCCACAUAGUGUCAGCGUAGUUGACAGUUGAUUUUCCUUGUUCCAAUAACAUUUAACCCUUGAGUGGCUUCUUUUUAAACCAAAAAUCUGUCUUCGCUUUUUCUUUUCAAUCACAGCAGAAUCAGGAUUUCUUUCUCCAGGGUGGGAGGCAACCAGACCAGGUCACUGCUGCGCCUGCCUGCGGUGCCCAUGGCCGCCGUGCCGCCCGCAGGAGCCCGGGCUGCUCCCGCUUGUGCCUUUCACACCUCUGGGGUGCACGUUGUUCAGGGAGGAGCUGCCUCCUGUCUUCUGACUGGCCUCCGUGGCCCUCGCUGGGCGCCCUUCCCCGCCUGUCACCCUCUUACAGCUCUGAACCUGGCUGUGCGGCCUGCGUCACCAGCGUGGCCUGGUUUGGUUGCACAGAGGCCGCCUGGGCCCGCCGUCCCCCUCAGCAGUGCGGGCCCUGACUGUCACCGCCAGGGAUCAGUCUGGCAGCACUGGGGGGGCCCGAGGUCUUCACCUGACCCAAAGCCUCCACAGAUGACGUCAGCUGCUUGCUUGGGCAAGAAUGUUCUCUCUCUGCCUGAAUAAGCCAUAUGUCUGUUGUUAGACAAGUUCUAAACUCCUCACCUCUCAGUGAACCUUGAUUGAGAAUAGGAAAAAUGGCUCCUUGUAAUUGAAUCUGCGAUUCAGCCUGCCUUUCUGGUCCAUCUGAUCCACAUGGCUGCUCCAAGGCUUCUGAAAGGCCCAGCUCUCAGGCAGCUUGACCUGGUGGCCCUUUCAGGUGAGUGGCAGCCUGCGGCUCUGAACACAACCCCCCUGGGCCCCCAGACACCGGCGAUGAAGCCAAAUCCCACCCGAGGGCUCGGCUCUCCUCCUAGUUAGUAUUUAUUUUCAGCACCUGUUUGAUGGAAUUUUUUUUUAUCCUCUACCUAUUGCACUGUUGUGACUUGUUGGCCAUUAUUUCAUUUUUGUACGAAAAAAAGCUUUGUUAUAGAAAUCAGCAUACUAUUUUUUUAAAUCUGGAGAGAAGAUAUGGUGACUGAAAAUAUGGUCAGGUGUCAAAUAUAAAUGUAUAAACGCCUUCUUGCUGUCCUGUCAGACAUAUUAUAUUCAUUUUAUAUUUGCUGGAGAUACUGACAGUUUUCUUUUUGUUUGUGUAAAUUCUAAUUUCUAUCAAGGUGUCAUGGAUUUCUAAAAUUACUAUUACAAAUGUCUCAACAUUGGUUAACUAAUAAUUUUUGCCAAGACUAUUAUUGAUCAAGCAAAUAAAUUCAACAGCCAUUUUUGGGGGAAAAAGCUUGUAGUAUUUUUGUUCCUGUUGUGUCUGGUACUGAGUUGGUGUAGGCACGUCAAGGCUGAAGGGUGACCAAGUUGUCUCCCUGUGCAUUUGAUGACCACUGCAGUCCUGUUUGUGGUUUCAGCUGUCGCUUACCUUUCUUCACACCCAUGCAUGCAACUUAGUCCAUGUGCAGACCUAACUGAGGCUGGAUCUGUCCUGUUUUCUGUGAACAGCUUUGUUCUGCCACCAGGAAAACAAGCUUUGCCAGCCCAUUGGCCAGCCUUGGCCCAGGUGUGGCACUUCAGAGAGGCUUGCAGUUUUUGUUGUUGGUCGUGGAGCUUGCACU